UUGUCCCGUUGACGUUUUUAUUCAAGGGCUUUUUUUUCUUUGCUUUUUUGCAUUCCAGAGUUCCAGAGACUCGGGAUUUUGUGAAUUUUGUUUUGUGCGAGUUGAGCUUGUGACUUAUUUUAAAUCGGUACAAUAAUGACUGAUAUUUCAAUUAUUAUACCUAUAUACAAUGGCGAGAAAUGGAUAAAUAAUUGUAUGAAUUCAAUAGCCGGACAAACUAUUCUAGAACAUCAGAUAAAAAUAGAAAUAGUUGUGUACAAUGAUGGAAGCAAUGAUGGAACCGAGAAAUUACUAAGCAAAUGGGCAGAAUAUUUCAGUGAACGUGGGGUAUCUUUUAUAAUAACUGGGAAUACCACCUGUAAAGGUGUCGGUGCAGCUAAAAAUGGCGCGGUCAAAAGAAGUAGCGGCAAUUUUCUUUGCUUUCAAGACAUUGAUGACACCAUGAGGUGCGAUAGAAUUUAUUUGCAAUAUAAUACUGCACAAAAUAAUCACAAAGCACUUAUUGGUAGCAAAAUACUACGACAUCCUGCUGAAUCUACACCUCGACUAGUUCGUUGGGCUAAUAAUUUAAGUACAGAACAGUUAACACUGCAAAUAUAUACAUCAAAUGGUCCCACAAUACUUAUGCCGACAUGGUUUUGUCAUAGAUCAGUUUAUGAUAGAGUAGGCGGAUUUGUGGAAACUGGGUGUGGUACUCCAGAAGAUCUUAUAUUCUUUUAUGCUCACUUGGAUGCUGGUGGAGAUGUUUUCAGAGUCAAUGAAGAGUUAGUCAUAUAUACCUAUCAUGAAGGAGCAGCUACAUUUUCUGUAUCAAGAGAUUCUAUUUGGAAUAUCCAACUGAAUAAAUUAGAACAAUGUGUUUUUCCAAACUGGGAAUAUUUUACAGUUUGGAAUGCAGGAAAAGCUGGGCGUAAAUUAGUAAGAUCAUUGAAUAAAGAAACUUUAAAAAAAGUUAAAUCUUUUUGUGAUGUUGAUAUUAAAAAAGUAGGUCGCACAAUAGAAUUAUAUUGUCCUGUAAAACGAACAGUAGAUAUAAAAUUGCCUGUCAUACAUUUUACUCAAGCUAAACCUCCUUUAUUAAUUUGUGUUAAAUUGGAUCUUACUGAUGGACAAUUUGAAAAUAAUCUGAAAUCUUUAAAUCUUGUUGAAGGAAAAGAUUACAUUUUGUUUAGCUGACAUGAUCAUCAAAUUACAUCUAUUUACUUCUGUACAUAAUAUAAUAAAUAAUCUUUCAAGUAGUUAUAUGAUAAUAAAUGACAGUAUACUAAUAACUGUACGAUACUAUGCUGAUUUUUAUUAGGUGCCCUGUUGUAACUAAUUAGCCCUAUUAUCUCAGAACAAUAACUAAAGCAUAGAAGGAAGGCUAAAAUAAGAAUUCAGAAACUAUAAACCGGCUCUCUUCUAGCUUACGACACAAACUAUGAGUGAGAAAAGGACAAAUGAUUCGCUCUUUGCUUCAUUUUUUCCGAGGUUGUCACAACAUGAAAUGUCAUUUGGACCUAUUGGACUCAUUUUAACUCGGCCAAAUACAUAGUAACAUACAUAAGAAGAUUUUACUUAUAUUUACCGAACUAUUUGACACGGUCGCGUCAACUGUGUUUACGAGUGUCUUGUGUUCAGAUUGUUUUAAGUGAUAAUUUAACAAUAUUUUUCCAAAUAAAUGGAAAGAAACUUUUAUUUAUAUCAAAUAAUUGAGUGUCUCGACUGUGUGACAUUAUGUCUUGUGUGGUAUGGGGCUGCAGCUCACAUUCAGGAAGAAAAGAAAAUAGCCAACAACUUCUGUCGUUUCAUCGGUAAGUUUUUUGUAAUUUUCUAGUGAAAUGUGAACUGCUGAACAAUUUUAGGAAAGUAAUAUGUUUUGCUGAAUAGAUUUGUAGCAUAAAAUAUUUGAGAUAUCCAUUAUAUUAUACGUUUCAUCGAUGAAUACGGAAUUGAUUUGAGGUUAUGUUGAUUGUCCAUAGUGAUGUACUAAAAUUAUCGAUACUUUUAAUUUUUAGAUUUCCUGUAGACGAUAACAAAGAGAAAGAAUGGAUAAUUCGCAUUAAUAGACGAAAUUGGAUUCCAAAUAAGUACAGCCGUAUUUGCUCGAAACAUUUUACUGCGGAUUCAUUUAUGUGUGUUCCUAAUUCAAAGUGGAGGCGUCUUCGAGACGAUGCUAUUCCUACAUUGAACAUUAUAGAUCAGACAGAUGAAAUGGUGUUUAAAUUUAAAUUUCAGCCUAGCCUGCAUCAUCUCACUGCUGGAUAGAUAGAUAAGAUAUUUGUAUCAUGUUAUCACAACACGUUUAUACUAUCUAUUAGUGAUGUAACGAAUAUUCGCAUUCGCAUUCGCAUUCGCGAAUAUCCGCAAAUUUUUGAAUAUUCGCAUUCGCAUUCGCAUUCGCAAAAUUUAUGCGAAUACUUAGCGAAUGUUUUAGCGAAAGUUCAUCUUGAGCUACAUUAGAGUGGUGAAAAUGUGUCGCUUUCUUUUUACAUUUGUUAAUGGCUGCAAUGAUUGAUUCUUGUGACUUAAGCCCUUCUUUAACAACAAGUUGGAUUUGGUGCGAUGAACAAUCAAUGUUUUUAAUGCUCAAUAAAGAAAUACCUUUUUUCAUGUUAGUGCCACCAUCUCUUACAAUACAUAAUACGUUUUCUUUGGGAAUU